AUGCUCUCAUAUCGGGUCAUCAAGCCUAACCAAUCUCCAGACGAAGGUCAAGGACACCGUAACCAGGGCCAGGUUAUGCUCAACCCUGUUCCGUCGAGCGAUCCCAAUGAACCUUUGAAUUGGAGUACAGCACGAAAGAUCUGUAACUUCACGCUCGUCCUUGCAGUGACGGCAGCCAUUUUUACAGCCCUUUCGAUCCAGGCGAUCUUCUGGCAAUUGAUGGUGGUAGACCUGAAUGUGACAUAUGCCCAGCUUAACCGCACGAUGUCGGUCAACUUCGUUGGCCUUGCCAUGGGAUGUAUAUUCUUUAUUCCUCUGGCGAAGAAGUUCGGACGAAGGCCUGUGUACCUGGCUUCGACUGCACUCAUGCUGGCGACGUCCUUCUGGUCGGCCAACUUGAAUUCACUCACGGAGUUGUAUGCUACCAAUCUUCUGCAGGGUCUAGCUGGGGCCACAAAUGAGUCGAUCGUCCAAAUUACGAUUGCCGAUCUCUUCUUUGUGCACCAUCGUGGUGGGAUGAACGCCCUAUAUAUGACUAUGGUGAUGAUUGGAAGCUUUCUCAGUCCCAUGGCAGCCGGAACCCAAGCAACGCGACAAGGCUGGCGAGCAUCUUACCGAACCCUGGGUAUCUGCAACGCCAUCCUAUUCGUUCUAUUCGUGUUCUUCUACGAGGAAACCAAAUACACGCAAGUCAUUUCGGGGGUGGACAGCCCCCCCGAGGCCACGGUAGACGUCCACCAAAUUUCGGUCAACGACACCAAAUCCGAUCAAAAUCCUGACAUAGAGUACCUUGCUAUCAGGUCCGAAACAAAUGUUACGCCAGCUGGCCACCACGAGCUGGACUACACCAUCCCCAUGAAGCCUUGGAGACAGCGAUUCGCCCUCAUAACAUACACACCCGAGCCAAUUUGGCCGUAUUACUACCGUCCUUUCUCUGUCGUGGCGUCCUUCCCUGCCGUUCUAUUCUGCGCCAUGCAGUAUGCAUUUGGCGUAGUCUGGCUGACUAUUCUGUCCACCGUCCUGAGUUUAGUCUUCCCAUUGCCACCCUAUUUGUUCACUCCUGAGCAAAUCGGGUUUAUGAGUGUUGGCCCCUUUAUCGGGAACCUGAUUGGAUCGUUCUACGGUGGGUUCGUCGGUGAUCGGUCGCUCUUGUUUUUCUCGAAGCGCAAUAAAGGAUACUAUGAGCCCGAGAUGCGUUUGUAUAUUCUUCAUUUGCCCGCACUUGCGUUGGCCGGAGGAUUGAUAAUGUUUGGGGCUACAAUUGCACGCGGCAUGCAUUGGAUCUGGCCCAGUGUCGCUGGCGCUCUGUUUGGAUUCGGACUUGGCAGUAUAAGCGACGCAGCACUGACGUUGGUAAUUGACUCUUAUCGUGAUAUCACUGGCGACGCCUUCACGGGAGUCGCAUUCAUACGCAACGCUAUCAGCAUCGGCAUUCCCUUUGCAACCAGCCCCUGGCUGCAUCGAUCGGGCCCGCGGAACAUGUUUAUUGCUUGUGGCUUCAUUAGUUUGGCGAUUACAUUGACUAUCAUUCCUAUGGUUAUCUGGGGAAAGCAGAUGAGAAAGAAUACUGCGGAGAGGUACCGGACUAUAGCUGCAAAGUAA